AUGACGCCAUUUAAGCGGUACGCUCACACUGCUACACUUAUUGAUAAUAAGCUUUAUAUAUUAGGCGGUCGAGUUACUACAACUACUAAUAAUGAAAAUAUUGGAAAACAAUUUUUUUAUCUUGACGUUUCUGUUCUAUUCAAUGUUAAAAAUAUCAUAUGGCAUAAUCUAACAGAUAUCAAUACUGUUCCAGCACAUCGUGCAGCUGCAUCUGUCAGUGGUGGUCCAAGUAAAGAUAUUUUGUUUUUAUAUAUAGGGAAUUAUGAUGGUGUAGAAAUGGAAUUAUUUUAUGCGUUUGAUACAAAAAGUAAUACAUGGAGUGUUCCAAAAAUAGCCAAUGGAGAGAAUGUCAAGAGAACACAUAAUCUAAAAGGCAUCGUUGAUGAUAAAGGGAAAAUGUAUUUGUUUGGUGGAAAAUAUAAAGACACAAAUGAAGUUCUAUCUAAUGAUAUGCUUAUUUUAGAUACAAUAAAUUUGAACUUGAAAUUGGGAAGUAAAGUUGAUGCACCUACUCAAAGAUGUCUUUAUGGUGUAACUUUCGUCCCAAGUAAUUUUAUAAUAUAUUUUGGUGGCUCUUAUGAUCAAAAAAAUUCUGCUUUACCAUUAAAAGAGGUCUAUCAAUAUGAUACGAUUAAUGAUAAUUGGAGUACAAAGGCAGGUAAAAUUCCUACGGAUAGAAAUUCUUUCUCUACUGUUCUUGGGUUAAAUGGACAACGAGUAAUAAUUUUUGGAGGUUCAGCAGGAGAUAAUGAUAUAGAACUUCAGGAAGCACUUUAUAUUUUAAAUUUGGCAAAUUUUGAAUGGUCACUUCCAAAAACUUCUGGUACAUAUCCGGCACAGACCAGAGGUUGGCAUGAAGCGAAUGUUAUUGGAAAGUACAUGGUUAUAUCAUUUGGUAUAGGUAAAGAUACGGAUGGAAAGGACUUAAAUGAAGAUAUUUUAUUGCUUGAUAUUAGCAAUGAUGAAGAAUAUGUAUGGACUUACGAUUUUGAUAUUACUGAAUCGUCAACCAAUCCUUCAGAACAAAAAAAGUCACCAUCAAUUAAUCCUGCUAAAAUUCCUUUAAUACCAAAAGAACCACAAAAUACUUCAACAAAGUCAGCACAAAGCACAGGCGUAUUAUCAAUACCGGCAAUAAUUGGGAUAGUGAUAACAUCAAUAAUCUGUGGCAUUUUACUAUCGUUUGGAGGCUUUUUUAUAUAUAAAUGGAAAUGGAAUAAAUCUGGAAGGGAAGUAGAAAGAGCAAUACCAACUCCUGGAAAUGAGAAAGGUGAUGAUUCUAAUGAAGUUAAGGUUCCAACUAGAAAUAUUAAUAAAAUUUCAUCAUAUGGAAGCAAAUUAUUUUAUAGAUGGAAUAAAAAUAAAUUGAAAUAUAAAAGAGCAAUACCAACUCCUGGAAAUGAAGAUGAUAAUUCUAAUCACAAAGUUAUAACAAUUUCCAAGCCAAAACUUGAAAACAAUUCAAUAGUAACUUCAAGUACUGAUAAUCAAAGGGUAUUACAACAGAUUGACUUGGAAAAUUUUAAAAAUGAUAUAAUUCAGGUUGUUAGACAAGAAAUCAAACAGAAUCUACAGCAAAAUAUUUAA